AUGCCGCCUCGCACGAUGGGCUCACAAUGUCUUCUCUGCCAGUUUGCCCUUCGGCCGCGGGCUGCUCUGCUGACGCCUCCUCCAACAACACUUACCCAAGGGUUCGCAUCGCAAAGAACCAUUCGGGGGAAGCCAUCGCGAAUGGUUCUAUCCGAUCGUAAGCAAGUCGCCCGCCCGUCCCCCUUCGGGCUAAAUAACGCCAAACCACCGAGAAGAGCCGUUGAGGGCCCGUUUGGUGGCAUGAACCAGACACAAUUCAGAGGACGCCCAAGCCCGACAUCCCGUUCCCAGACACCGACCCAAUCCCACAAUCGAUCCGCCGACCGACGCCGCAGAGAUGAUCGCGAGGAUUUCAGGGCUCUCAAGAUGCAUCGCGCGCUUGCAGACAUUUCGUAUCGAAAAAGGACACAAAUCAAAGACGAAAUGGGCUCGUAUGAGUCGUUUGAUCAGUUCGACCUGUUGCCAUCGGUCAAGAAGGCGCUGUUUGACGACGCUCUCAAGGGCAUGAUCGACAUCAAACCGACUCCUGUUCAGAGACUGGCCAUUCCUGCCCUUUUGGGCCAGCAAAGCCGGUUCUUACCUCGGUUCGGAAGGGGCAAGAUUGAACAGAGACAGGAGUUCCUCCUCGCGGCCGAGACGGGCUCCGGCAAGACGCUCGCCUACCUGCUGCCCGCCAUAAAUGCCAUCAAGGUCGCUGAAGCAGCGGAUCCCGAUAUUCAGGCUCAUAAGAAGAGGCUGGAGGAAGAGAAGGAAUGGCAGCGAAACUCCAAGUCGAGAUCCAAGAUGGAAGAGCCUCACCCUACCAUGGCACGGCCCAAGGUUGUGGUACUCGUUCCAUCCGCCGAACUCGUCGACCAGGUUGGCGCUGUCGCCAAGACUUUGUCGCACGCUGUCAAAUUCAAGUCUGAGAAGCUUUCCGCCAAGCAGAACGCCGAGGUUGUGGAGCGCAACCUAUACUCCAACCGAGGAAUCGAUCUGAUCAUCGCGACACCGCAGCUGUUAGCCUCCAUCGCGGACUCAGACCCUAACAUCCUUUCGCAGGUCAGCCAUCUCAUCAUCGAUGAGGCUGACUCUCUCUUUGACCGUAGCUUCGCCCCCCUUACCACGAGCAUCGUCAACAAGGCGCUGCCGUCGGUGAAGAGGCUCGUAUGCUGUUCUGCAACUAUUCCUCGAGGCCUGGACAAGUAUCUUGCUGCUCAAUUCCCCGAUAUGGUCCGCAUCACCACGCCGAACCUUCACGCCGUGCCGAGACGUGUUCAAUUGGGUGUUAUCGAUGUUUCCAAAGACCCGUACCGCAACAACAAAGACCUAGCAACUGCUGAUGCUAUUCAAACGAUUGGCCGCGAGGCAUCACGCCACGAGGGCCCUAUUAAGGACGAAUUCGAUAUACGCCGUGUCCUUGUCUUCGUCAACGAACGCGAGACUGUGCAACCUGUAGCGGAGUACCUGCAGUCGAAAGGCAUCGACGCCAUCGCCCUGCACAGGGACACGGCCCAGGAGCGCCAGUCCGCCAUGCUCGCGUCCUUUACGAGCGCCGAGCCCAUGCGAGCACCCGCCUCUGACAAGGCCCCCACAGGCGGGCGCAAGCUGCCCAAUGUGAAGGUUAUUGUGGCCACGGAUCUGGCGUCGCGAGGUAUUGACACGUUGGCUGUCCGUCACGUCAUCCUGUACGACGUACCUCACACCACCAUUGAUUUCAUCCACCGACUUGGAAGGGCCGGCCGGAUGGGUCGUCGUGGAAGGGGUAUAGUUCUGGCUGGGAGCAAAGACCGGAAGGACGUUAUCGCAGAGGUUAAGCGUGCAAUGUUUAUGGGCCAGGCGCUCAUCUAA